UCUCCUCCGUAGUCUUCAAUUGUUUUAAAGAUUUUGUGUAUCGAUAUCAAAUAAAAUGACUUUAACCCUGAGGAGAGUAUAUCACAUUGCAACAUUUAGCUGGUAUGCAUUUGUUGUGAAGAGCCUCGCUGCUAAGGAUGGAGAGCAGUUACCACCUGGCAUCUUUGUGUACGGGGGACCUUGGAAGUACCUCACUUUUUUGAAUGUAGUAAGUAUGAUACGGUGCAUAAAAAGGGAGCAAGUCUAUUGUGACACUUAAAAAAUGUAGUUUUGUUUGCUAUUUUUUCAGUUACUCCAAAUGUUUUUCUUUGGACUGGCUGCAGUGAAUGAUCUCCAUUGGGGGAAAUACAGCCAGACCCCACUAAACAGAUGUAAAGAUGUUAUUUUUGCUGUUUUUGCCUUCCCUGUUGGCAUGUUUGUUGUUCUGCUUUUCUGGACCAUCUUUGCCUUUGACAGAGAGUUAGUCUACCCGGCAACAAUAGACACCUUCUUCCCACCUUGGAUAAACCAUGCAAUGCAUACAUUGGUCCUACCUAUUCUACUUGGAGAACUUCUGAUGGAGCCACAUGUCUACCCACAAACAACACAUGCCCUAGUUACUCUGGGAGUAGUGGGCUUACUUUACCUAUUCUGGAUUCUCUGGGUGUACUUCUCAGUCGGGAUUUGGGUGUAUCCUUUACUUGGGCACUUCAGCAGUGUCGGUCUGGUUGGCUUCUUCUGCUUUAACAUGUCAGCUGUGACCUUGCUCUACCUUCUUGGACACAAACUCAACAGUCGUAUGUGGAAGGUACCCCUUAAUCCGCACUAACAGACAAAAGCCAUCGGGACACUCCUCUCGAUUACUUUUCAUUUGAGAAAAAAAAAAACAUAAGCCAAUUUAGUACUUUAGGUGGUAGCUCUUUGCAAAUGAAAAAUGUGUCCAUUAUAAAAAAAAAUAGUUUGAUAAACUUCCCUCAGGACAAAAUCAAUAUUCACAGAUAUACAAAUGCCAUCAAUGCAUAAUCAUACAAUGACGUGUGCUGCUCUAAUAUCCUAUUAAAUCAAGUGACAGCGACAUCCUGUGUUGGCCAUUUACUUUGCUACACAUCUUUUUUUAUCCAUGCUGUGGUGCAUUUCAAUUGUGGCAUCAUAACAGUCAAAAUGCAUUUCACAAAUGAUCA